AGCACGCUGGUGAUUCUAGAGAAGAAGUGAGAGCUACUUUGAAAGGACAAUCGUUUUUCUUUAUGCUAAUUUAUGAUGGUUUUGGAGUGGUUGCUCGCUCUUAAACAUAAACUUUUAAAUGUUAGGUCUUUCCUGUAACGAUCUGCUGUUGGAAGUUUCAAGACUUUGGACGUUCAGUUAAGGAUUUUGCCUUCUCCUCAUUUCUUCGGUUUUGGGCCAAAUGAUUAUGUUUCCUCUUUUUGGGAAGAUUUCUCUGGGUAUUUUGAUACUUGUUCUGAUAGAAGGAGACCUUCCAUCAUUAACAGCACAAACCUACUUCUCUUCAGAGGACACCCAAGAACCCAAGAGUGAAGUUUCUUUUCUCCUGCCUGAAGAAUCAACAGACUCUUUAGCUACUGAAAAGAAACAGCCUCUGGACCACAGAGAAGCUGAGAGACAGUGGUUACUCAGAAGGCGGAGAUCUAUACUCUUUCCGGAUGGAGUAAAAAUCUGCCCAGAUGAAGGUGUUACAGAGGCUGUGGCAAACCACGUGAAAUAUUUUAAUGUCAGAGUGUGUCAGGAAGCUGUCUGGGAGGCCUUCAGAACUUUUUGGGACCGACUUCCUGGGCGUGAGGAAUAUCGUUACUGGAUGAAUUUGUGUGAGGAUGGAAUCACAAGUAUAUUGGAAAUGGGCACAAAUUUUAGUCAGUCUGUGGAACACAGAAGCUUAAUCAUGAAGAAACUGACUCACGCAAAGGAAACUGUAAGCAGCCCGGAAUUGUCUUCUCCAGUUCCUACUGAUCUUACUUCAACAUUGGGAGAUGCUGCUCCCAGCGUGGCCUCCCAUGAAGAUGCCUCGGAGAGCAGCUUCGAAAGGCCGGAGGAGAGUAUUAGCAAUGAAAUUGAGACUGUGGUAGAAGAAUCCACAAAACCAGCAGCUGAACAAAUUGCAGAAUUCAGUAUUCACCUUUUGGGGAAGCAAUACAGGGAAGAACUGCAGGAUCCCUCCAGCCUCCACCACCAGCACCUCACAGAGGAGUUUAUUUCAGAGGUUGAAAAUGCAUUUGCUGGGUUACCAGGCUACAAGGAAAUUCGCAUACUUGAUUUUAGGUCCCCCAAGGAACAUGACAGCGGUGUAGAUGUUCACUACGCGGUUACCUUUAAUGGCGAGGCUAUCAGCAAUACCACCUGGGACCUAAUUAGCCUUCAUUCCAACAAGGUGGAAAACCACGGCCUUAUGGAAUUGGAUGAUAAGCCUACUGUCGUUUAUACAAUUAGUAACUUCAGAGAUUAUAUUGCUGAGACACUACAACAGAAUUUUUUGCUGGGGAACUCCUCCUUGAAUCCAGAUCCGGAUUCCCUUCAGCUUCUCAGCGUGAGAGGAGUUUUGCUGCCCCAAAGUGAAGACCUAGAUUGGAGUACCCCAAGUUCAAGUCUUCAGGCAACGCCAUCGUCUAUUCUGGAUAAUGCCCUCCAAGCUGCAUGGCCCUCAGCAGAUGAAUCCAUCACCAGCACUAUUUCACCACUUGAUUUCAGCUCUGGUCCUCCCUCAGCCACUGACAGGGAACUCUGGUCAGAAAGUCCUUUGGGUGAUUUAGUGUCUACACACAAACUAGUCUUUCCCUCGGAGACGGGCCUCAGCUCUUCCCCAGAGGUUUUAGAGGUUAGCAGCUUGACUCUUCAUUCUGUCACCCCGGCAGUGCUUCAGCCUGGCUUGCCUGUGGCAUUUGAGGAGAGGACUUCUGGAUCUGACUUGUUAGAAGAUGGAUUAGCCACCAUUGAAGAAUCAGAAGAUUUUCCUUCUAUUGACCAAUUGCCUUCAAUUUCAUUCACUCAACCUGUGCCAAAAGAAAUAGCACCAGCUAUGGAAGACUCUGGUGUGUCCUUCACAUUUUCACCAUAUUUCACCUCCACUGACACGUUAGAUCAUCUUGAUCAAGAAAUAACUGAACCAUUUGGCUUGGACCAAUUAGAAGUGAGCCCUUUGUUGCCAGACACAACUGUGGAAAAAGAGUUCAUAUCUGAGAGUGGCUUAGGUUCAGGAUCUGGACAAAAGGUGGAUCUGACCACUUGGCCAUGGAGUGAGCCUUCAUCAGAGAAGAGCACUGAAACACUGGCCCCACCAUGGCUCGAAGAUGGCGUUUCACUUCUGCCAAUUGAGGGUGAAGAUGAGAAACUGGUUAUAGUUGACAAAAUGGAUUCCACAGACCAAAUUAUUGAGCAUUCAAAAUAUGAGCACGGUGAUAGACCCACACACUUUCCAGAGGAAGAGCCCUUGGGUGGACCUGUUGUGCCCAUCUUUGCUGAGACUACAACUCAGUCUGUAUCUCUAACUCUCCCCAAGCACGUGUCUGUGGCAAUCUCUGCUUCUGCUGAUGAACCAGAUCAAACAGACACUUUCCUAAAGGAGGAUAUGGAACAAGCUGCAGAGUCCGCUGACCAUGAGUGGUUUGACAGUGAGGCUUCAGUGGUGAAGCCAGACAUGCAACCUUUGUGGACUAUGUUGCCAGAAUCAGAUAUACUUUGGACAAGGACUUCUUCCCUAGGGAAAUUGUCCAGAGACACAUUGGCAGGUACACCACAGAGUACUGACAGACUCUGGUUGAAAGCUUCCAUGACACAAUCUACCAAAUUGCCUCCAACCACAAGCUCCACCCUGCUGGAAGAUGAAGUAAUUAUGGGCGUUCAGGAUAUUUCUUUAGAACUGGACCGGGUAGGCACGGAUUACUAUCAGCCUGAGCUAAUCCAAGAGCAAAAUGGCAAGGUUGGUAGUUAUGUGGAAAUGUCUACAAGUGCUCAUGUCACAGAGAUGGUUAAUGCGGCUUGGCCCACGAAAGGAGGUGACUUGAGUUAUACCCAGACUGCAGGAGCAUUGGUGGUUUUCUUCAGCCUCCGAGUGACUAAUAUGAUGUUUUCAGAAGAUCUGUUUAAUAAAAACUCUUUGGAGUAUAAAGCCCUGGAGCAAAGAUUCUUAGAACUGCUGGUUCCCUAUCUCCAGUCAAAUCUCACAGGGUUCCAGAACUUAGAAAUCCUCAACUUCAGAAAUGGCAGUAUUGUGGUGAACAGCCGAAUGAAGUUUGCCAAUUCUGUCCCUCCUAAUGUCAACGAUGCUGUGUAUAUGAUUCUGGAAGAUUUUUGCACCACUGCCUACCAAACCAUGAACUUGGCUAUUGACAGAUAUUCCCUUGAUGUGGAAUCAGGUGAUGAAGCCAACCCUUGCAAGUUUCAGGCCUGCAAUGAGUUUUCUGAGUGUCUGGUCAACCCCUGGAGUGGAGAAGCAAAGUGUAGGUGCUACCCUGGGUACCUGAGUGUGGAAGAACGGCCCUGUCAGAGCAUCUGUGACCUACAGCCUGACUUCUGUUUGAAUGAUGGAAAGUGUGACAUUAUGCCUGGCCAUGGGGCCAUUUGUAGGUGCCGGGUAGGUGAGAACUGGUGGUACCGAGGUGAGCACUGUGAGGAGUUUGUGUCCGAACCCUUGGUCAUAGGCAUCACCAUUGCCUCCGUGGUUGGACUUCUUCUCAUCUCUUCUGGGGUCAUCUUCUUCCUCAUCCGGACUUUUCAGGCACAGAAUGUCAGGAGAGAAAGAGAGAGGCCUUUCAGUGGCUCCUGCAGGCAGCCUGACAACCUUUCAUCCAUUGAGAAUGCUGUGAAGUACAACCCUGUGUAUGAAAGCCGCAUGGCCGGGUGUGAGCAGUAUGAGGGGCCCUACCCGCAGCGUCCCUUCUACAGCUCUGCGAGUGGAGAGAUGAUUGGUGGCCUGAGCAGAGAAGAAAUCCGACAGAUGUAUGAGAGCAGUGAGCUUUCCAAAGAGGAAAUUCAAGAGAGAAUGAGAGUUUUGGAAAUGUAUGCCAAUGAUCCUGAGUUUGCAGCUUUUGUCAGAGAGCAUCAAAUGAUCCAUAACCAGAUUUAG